CAUGUAAUUGGAUUCACAAUCAACAAGACUCUUCCAUACUCCGAUUAUCAAAAGAAAUUUCCAACUUUUGACUUCUCUCAAAGUCUCACUAGUUCCUUUCAGAAAAUACUAUAACAUGGGAUUCCGUUUGCCUAGGAUUGUUCAUGCUAAGCAAAGUUUUCGACGAUCUUCAUCAACUGGAAAUGGAUCAUCCACUGUUGACAUUCCAAAGGGGUACUUUACAGUUUACGUUGGUGAGGUACAAAAGAAGCGAUUCGUCAUUCCACUAUCUUACUUGAACCAGCCUUCUUUUCAAGAUUUGUUGAGUCAAUCAGAAGAUGAAUUUGGAUAUGAUCAUCCAAUGGGUGGCAUCACAAUUCCAUGCAGUGAAGACCUUUUCCUUGAUCUCACUCGAAGUUUGAAAGACUCAUGAGCUAGAGGAAUUGAUAUCUAGAAAUUGGUAGUAUAGAAAAAGGAUUAGAAUAGUACAGAAUGUAGACUGUAAACAUUUUUGAAAUGAGAGAACUUGAUU